ACAUGAAACGAAAAUUGAAAAUCAUUGUUGCGGUUAAUCAGUGAGCAUAAUCUCAUCUCAUGUUCUUUCCUCCUCCGCCCAGGCGAAAAUUGAACCUGGAUUUAGAACCAAACACUAUCCUGUUGCGUUGUUGAUAGCUUCUACUCGACAAGUAAAUGAUUAGACUAAAUGUCUACUGUUCACUAAUUCCAAGUACUAGACAAGCCAAACCAGGCAGCAACUAUGGCUCAUUGAUCAUCCAUAAUCACAAAGCUACAAGCUUUUCUCAUCGGAUUUCUAUCAAGGCUAAGGCCAUUAAAGAUGAGAUGGAUGGAGAAACCAGCGGAUCUUCAGGACGUAGCUGGGAUCCCGGGUUAGAAAUUGAAGUCCCUUUUGAACAGAGGCCGGUAAAUGAGUACUCAUCUCUGAAGGAUGGAAUCUUGUAUUCUUGGGGUGAACUGGGUCCGGGUUCGUUCUUCCUUCGCCUUGGAGGUCUCUGGUUGGCAGUGUUUACAGUUCUUGGAGGGCCAAUUGCAGCUGCAAGCUUUAAUCCUUCUAGAGAGCCUCUAAGAUUUAUACUAGCUGGUGGAACAGGAACACUCUUCAUUGUGUCUUUGAUUGUCUUGAGGAUUUAUUUGGGUUGGAGUUAUGUUGGAGAUAGACUUCUAUCAGCAGUCAUUCCUUAUGAAGAAAGUGGAUGGUAUGACGGACAGAUGUGGGUGAAGCCGCCAGAGAUCCUAGCUCGAGAUAGAUUGUUGGGCUCUUACAAGGUUAAGCCAGUAGUUAAACUGCUGAAGCAAACGCUAGUUGGAACAGGAGCAUUACUUGUUACAGGAGUUAUGCUAUUUAUCUUUGCUACACCAGUGGAGAAUUUUCUUCGAACUACCUUUACCACAGAAGAAAUUAAAUCAACCUUUCAAGCUCCCAAGGCUAACACAAAGAACCUAAGAAAGGAGGAGUUGCUUAAACUGCCUGUGGAGGUGAUAACUGAUGAUGAUCUAGCAGCAGCUGCGGCUGAGGCUGCUGAUGGAAGACCUGUCUAUUGUAGGGAUAGGUUUUAUCGAGCAUUAGCUGGAGGGCAGUACUGCAAAUGGGAGGAUCUUCUCAAAUAAAGGAUAAAAAAAAGGCAUAUGUAGUCAAUUUCAUUUAGUUAAAGCAGUUUGCAAUUUGUGUUUACUCUAUGGCCCAAGGCCGUAUUCUAUUAGUUAAGAUAAUCGUUCAAGUCA